UCUGAAUAUUUCCUAUAUUGCACUGGAAACUGGCGUUCGUGACGAAUCACGGGAAAUCACAUUUCCUAUUAUUAUCCUGGACACUACUAGGAGAUUAAUGUGUAUAGAGUCAAAUAUGUUCGAUAUAAACUUGUCAACAAAAUUUGUUCUACUGCAAUUCGUAACCGGAUGCAUCUGUCUUCAUGAUAUAUACAAGGGAAAUCAAGUAUGGAGAGUAAAGGCUGAUACAGCAUACGAUAUUAAACUUAUGAAUGACUUAUCUCUGCAUCCAGAUAUAGAGAUCGAACGACAUCGCACUUUAGCCAACCAUGAUACCUUCGACCUUCAUGUUUCCAAAGACAAUUUGAAUAAAGUUCAAUAUCUUAUUAAUUCGGUUGGAUUGUCUCACCGUGUUAUUGUUCAUGACGUGAAAACUAAACUUGAUUUCGAGGACCUCAGGAAUAAAAGAAGAAAAAAGAGAUCCAUCGAGAAACUUCCUGAAUUUAAUUAUACUGUUUAUCAUCCGUUAAACGAGAUUGAACAAUGGAUGGAUCUUAUGGCAGCCAAAUAUACAUUUGUUGAAAAAUUUAAGAUUGGAAGUUCGACAGAAGGUAGACCAGUGCAUGGUCUGUACGUGGCAAAAAAUUUUAAUAACAACAAUCCGGUAUUUUAUAUGGAUGCAACUACCCAUGCUCGAGAAUGGAUUUCAUCAGCAACACUAAUGUUCGUUUGCAACCAGGUUCUAUCCAAUGCAUCGUAUUCAAGUCUCCUGGAAAAUUUGGAUUUUUAUUUUGUUCCUGUCGUAAACGUAGAUGGGUAUUCAUAUUCAUGGACUGAUGCACGAUUGUGGAGAAAAACUCGAACACCUUACAUAGAUAAUGAAACUGGCGAAACUUGUUAUGGGGCAGAUGCGAACAGAAACUGGGAUGUCAAUUUUAAAGGCCUAGGCGCAAGCGACAAACCAUGCUCAAUUGUUUAUCAUGGACCUCAUGCAGAAUCAGAACCUGUAAUACAUCAUCUGGCAAAUUUUGUUCGAAGAGAAAAAUCAAAAAUCAAGGCUCUUGUGUCGUUCCAUAACUAUGGUCAACAGAUAUUAUACCCUUAUAAUCACAAUCUAACAUUGAUUCCACGGACAGAAAAAGAACUUAACGAUACAGCAUUCAAAAUGAAACUGGCGAUAGAAAGCGUUCACGGAUCAACAUAUGAGCACGGUCGUGGAUCUGUAACAAUGUAUGUAUUCUCAGGGAGCACGAGCGACUGGGCGUAUGAAAAAGCCGAAAUUGAGUUAAGUUAUACUUUGGAACUCAGAGAUCAGUGGGGACCUUUUUACUUCGAACUUCCAGCUGAUCAGAUCAAACCUACUAGCGAAGAAAUAAUGGCUGGAAUUGAAGUUUUAGCCAACACUGUGAUAAACAAACACAAAAAAAGUUGAAAAUUUUUUAUUUUCAAAACGAAGCAUACACAAGAUUAAUGCUUGAAGUAUAGGUUGAUUAAAUAUUAAUAUUUCAUAUGAAUUAAUUGCAUUAUACACUUAUUGUAAUACAACUCGUGCUUUUCGUCAUUGAAUAUUUUUUGACUCAUUCCGUAAAAGGAUAUAUAUAUAUAAAUUAAUUUCUGAAAUCUAAUCCUAGUUUAAGAUUUUAUUACCAAGUGAAAUUUUCGGGUGGCAGACAAAAAAGAUUUUGUUGUUAUACAUUUUUAUCAAAUAUGAUAUUUCGAUAAAAACGGUAAUUAAACACAGAAUUAUAUUUAGAGAAAAGAUAUAUAUAAUUGAAUUCCACAUGCAUAUGAAAAUUUUGCUAUUUAGUUUGACAGUUAUGAUUCAAAGCAGUGCUUAUGAAUGAAGUUUUUGAUGACUAUUUUUACUUUGUAUUUUUGCGUUGACUAUACUUAGAAGAAAUAGUCAGAAUGCGGAAUGAACGUGACAGUGAUAUAUAUACUUUCAAUUAGCUAGCGCUUACAUGUAAAAAUUGUUCAUAAUUAUUACUAUUUUAUUGCGAUAAGAGUAACUACAUCUAAAGGUUUUUUCUGUCAUCUCCAGCAGAAUAUUUUGCUCAAAUUCGAUCCAACACCCGACGUAUUACAAUUCUGCACUUCAUGCCAGUCAGAGACCAGGUAACAUUUCAGGCUUACGAAGCUUUUGCAUCGAUUUGAAAAGAUUUAAAGGCUUUUGAGUAGUUCUGUUGUGAGCCAAUGCCACUUCAGAUUUAAAAAAGAUCAAGUCUUGUGUGCCGACUAGCGCAGCCCUAGCCCCGGCGCCGUAGGUUGUGUCAUGCAAACGAAUGUCGUUUUCACGUAGUGUUGUAUACAGUUGUUUCCCAUAUUUUGACGGGUGUAGAUGAAGAAUGUAGUUCUCUGCUAUGUUGAACGAUUCUGUAAUUAUGGAUUCAAUACCAUCACACCAAGGAUUCGGUCGUUGCAUUGAUAUUUUCUCAACGUGUAUUGGUAGUUCGGGCUUCAAAAGGUGAAUACGGAGGGAAAUUUUGGUGAAAAAGUCGUUCUGAAAAGCAAAAAUAUUUCAAGUUUUGUUGAGCUAUUUUGUCCGAGUUGUCCUUAGAUUGUUGACUACUAAACGUAAUGAAAUAUAAUAUAGACAUAUGCGCCCAGAGCUUCCAAAUGUGUUAAAAGACAAC